UAUAAAUAUAUUUUUUAGAUAACAGAAAACGAGUUUGACCUCAAUACCCAGGAUGCACCUCGCUCUUGCCAUCUUGUCGAGUGGUUGGUUAGAGAGCGGCAGCAGCAGUUAGCCAUAGAUAUAUAUGGAGUUAGCUCUCCGUUAGCUUCCUGCCGCUGUGGUACACUGGUUAUCUGUCAGCUAGCUGCUAGUAGCAGCUGCCAAAAGUGAGCUGUCCACACGGCGAGGGGCAAAACUUCACCGACUUUAAGACGUUUGCGCUGCCUACUGCUGGACUAUAUACUAUUUUUUUGGAAAGUCAAAGGAUUUGUUUACAUCAUGAUGUCGCACAUGCUGGUACCGAGGUAAAGGAAACAAGCUAACAUCAGCUAACUUAGCUCUUCGGCGAGAAAUUCAUAUCUAGCUGAGAGAGAGAAGAGUGGGCUGCGAGACCGGGCCGCCUCAGACUAAAGUACCGGUGGCAGCUGCUGAACAACAACUUUGACAAGGGCCUGUUUGCAACUCCGCUGCCGGGACACAAGAAAGGCCGAGCAGGUGACCGGAGAGGCCGGAGAGGGAGCAGCAGUCGCCCGUGUGUUGGGACCGGACACCGCAGGAGUUUGGCAGGAUCUGGCCCCCCGGUUGUGACACUUUUCUCCGACACGAGAGAGGAAGAGGAACGAUAUGGAAAUGUCCUGUGACGGUACGUGUCUGUGUCAUACCCUUCAGCUGUGAAGUACUUUUCAAGACAUUAGUCCAGCACUUUGUUUCACUCGGGAGCAGACAGACUUGACGCAGAUAGUCAACAUGUCGAAAAUGCCGGCGAAGAAGAAAAGUUGUUUCCAGAUCACGAGUGUAACGCAGGCUCAGGUGGCGGCCAGCAGCAUCACCGACGACACCGAGAGCCUGGACGACCCGGACGAGUCCCGGACAGAGGAUGUGUCGUCGGAGAUAUUUGACGUUUCUCGGGCCGACCUCGGGGUGUGUGAGAGGAGUUCAUCAGAGGAAACCUUAAACAACGUGGGAGAGCCUCAAGAUGGCCAGCCGCCUGCCACGGGUCCUGUCAACGGGGGGCUCUCUUAUAAAAGUAUAGGCACUGGUGGUCGUGUCACCCCACAUAAUUUAGGAGGAAAUGUGCCUGUGCCAGCUACAACACAAUCCAUUGUUCCAAGCUCAGCCACCCAUCAGUCAGUAGUCAGCACAGCUCCUGCUGCCACUGUGGCUCACACAGCUCCUGUGAGCACCAGCUGUAGUUCACGUUUCAGGGUCAUUAAACUUGACCAUGGUACCGGAGAGCCCUUCAGACGGGGCAGGUGGACAUGCACUGAGUUCUAUGAGAGAGAUUCAGAUUCAAAUGUUAAUCGAACUGUGGACAGUAUAAAGCCAGCUGUAACCCUUGAUCACAGUAUAGACAGUGGGCUCGGGACCACCAGUAACUCUGUGGUCACUAGCUGUGCUUUUUCUGCACAGGCUUUGGAGAACACCACAGAUAGUGGCUUCUCCCACCCAUCAGAGCCUCUGCAGCAUGGCUACAGCUUGGCUCCUCACAUAGGUAACGGAGCAAGUGCCUUCCAGCCCACAGGGUAUACAACUACAGCAUCACCACAACAGGCUCAGGUCAAUGUGCAGCCUGUUGCUCCCCAGACCUUCCUCUCUAACAGCCUCAAUGGUGUGCACCAUGGUGCCAUGCACCAGAAGUCUCCCAUUAUGCCUCCUGCCACGCAGGCCCAGCAGUUUGCCUAUUCUACUCAUCCUACUGGCCUCUCCGCUGGCCAGUCGGACUAUCGUCAGCAGCACUUUGUUUCAAGCACUCAGAACCUUCCCAUGUCUGCCCUCCCUGCGGGGCCUCCAACCAGCCAGGUACCAUCGCCUCUAAUCACCGCUGCUGGUCCAGGAGCCCAUGGGCCCGGUGGAGAAGCCGCCUCAGCCCAGGGCCUCUUGCUGCAGGUGGGCAAUACAUCAGCCAUGACACCUGUCCUUCCAGGAAGUGGCCAACAGCAGCAUGUUAGCCAGCCUUCAGGAGGGUUAGGCAUUGCCUCUGCACCUUCUGUCACCACCACCACCUCCCACAGUGGUGUCCAGAAUGCUCCUGCCACAGUGCCCAGUACCACCAACACCCCUCCGGGAGUGCCCAGUCAUGCGUCUGGCCAAGGAGCCCACGGAGGAGCAACAACAGGCCUUCCCUCCGUCUUCAGCAACCAGGCAGAAGAUAGGAGCCAGAAGUCUGAUGCCCUACCUCAGCCUGGUGCCAUUGCGGUGCCAGGGAAAGAUGGUGUAAAGCCUUUUAUCGGCGAGAGCCUCCACCUGGCCACUCCUGCUGUCAACAGCCUGUUUGGCAUCCAUAUUACCAUGGAUGUGGAUGAGGACAGUGCAUCCGGUGCCAGCGUCGUCGCCAUCGAUAACAAGAUUGAGCAGGCAAUGGACUUGGUGAAGAGCCACCUGAUGUACGCUGUCCGCGAGGAGGUGGAGGUGUUGAAGGAGCAGAUCAAGGAGCUGUACGAGAGGAACUCUGUGCUGGAGCGAGAGAACGCUGUGCUGAAGUCGCUGGCCAACACGGAUCAGCUGAGCCAGCUGUCCAAUCAGCUCACCCCGGGCAGCGCGUCGCCGCCGCUGCAGCAACAGCAGCAGCAGCAACUCCAGCUCAUCACAAACAACAAUAACAACAACACCCCCUUGGCUCACCACGAGGGCAGUCAGAACGUCCCCCAUCAGCCCAACAUCACCUCGGCGUGAUUCCCGUUCCCCCAAAUACACAAACACACACCUCCCAUGGACAGGAGUGGAAGAUCCUGUUAGUAAAGACAACAACUGCUACCGUCCCCUCAGCUUCAUUAAGCAAAAGGCUCUGCGUUAAAUAUGCUCCAUUUGAGGAAAAAAAAAUCAACAGCGACAUCUUCGUUUGCCAACAAGAGCCAUGCUUCAGUGUGUGCACGUUGUCGUCACCGGGCUUCACAUUAUUAAGACAUUUACCACCCCUCAAAGUCUUAUUCUGUCCCCCGUGUUUGGCUGCAAAAAGCUGAAAAAUAAGGAGGGACAGAGGAGCUGGUGCACACCAGAACUGCAUGCUGUUCUUGUGCAGGAGGGUGGGGGUGGGGGUCAAAGGGCACAGAGAGCUUGAUUUGUUGGGGCAACAAGUGGUGGUAGAGGGCGAUGCAACCCUGUGAGAGGUGAGAGGGUCCUGUGACAUCCAGCAGGGACUGUCCUCCCCAGUAUCCCCAAUCCCACAUCACUCCAGGGCUGAAAGAGGCCAGAGAGCCGAGGGAGGAGUGGGGGAGAGGAUCCGUCCUCCCUGAGCGGAGGAGGGAAGCCGGCGGAAUGAGUGGAGCGAGUCGAGAGCCUCGGCUUGUUAUAUGCUGCAACAAACGCUUGUGUUGUUUUCUCAGAGCCACCAUACUUUGACAUGAAUCAUAAUACUUUUUUUUUUUUUUUUUUUCAUUAGUUCAGUUUUGGUAUUUGCAUUUAUUUAUUUCAGGGCUGCUAUUUUCAUAAUGUAAAUGAACAAUGUCAUAUUAACAAAAAAAAAAUCAAUAAAACCUUUCUCUUUGGUCUUUUGGUAUUUAGAAUCUGUCAGGUAUUACAUUUGGUAGUUCUCGCAACAAGUAGAUCUCAAUAAGUAGGCAAUAAGUUCCAUAAUAGAAACUUUUCUUUCACAUGAGAUAGUGCUAACACUAAAGCCGAGCUUACAUUAGGUGAAAUCCAGGUUGAAUGUAUAUUUUGUAAAGUGUAAAGUAUUAAGAGCGACGAGGGUUUGUACAGGAGAACGCCUGUUGUUUAAGAUGUGAUGGGAUGUUUCGAUAAAGAAAACUAUUAAUUUACUUUUUCUAGACUUUCUUUGUCAAAACAGAUAAAAUUUGGGGGUUUGGUCGGGGGAAUGAAAAGCUGUGAAAAUUGUUCGACCUACUUUAUAACCAAAGACGCAAAGCUGUGUAAGUCUUUUUUUUUUUUCUUUCCCAUUUUUAAAUGCACACUCUUACUUUUCUUGCUCUCUCCUUCCCUAUAUUUUUGUUGCUGUUUUGCAUGUUCUGCAUGAUAUAUAAUCAAACCACUUUCUUACCUCAUGUUUUUAUCCAGCACUCUUUAUUUUUUUUUUGUCAAGUCUGUGAAUGAUUGUGAAAGGGUUUAUGAAAGAGAAAGGGAACAAUGGGCAGAGAGGGUGGAGGAAGUAGUUGAGGGUAAAAGAAAGAAUGGCAAGGUGUUUGUGUCAGAUGGAGAGAAGCACCUCGUGCACAAAACCGUCAGAAAAGGAGCCAUCUUUUUUUCUCUUUUUUUUUCAUGUAAAUGCUGUGUUAAAUUUCAUAUGCAGAGAAAGUUUUUGUUACAUUGCAGAUUUUAAUGUAUUUAAUGAAAUGCAGCAAUUAGAUUUUGAUUGUAGUGUACACACACUUUGCUUACACAGAAAAAAAUUACAACAAUAUCCGCAGAAAAACAAAACAAUGGAAACUAUUAAACAUUUCACACUUUAAAGCUGGAACCCAGUCGAUUGUGUGUGUGUGCGCAUAUUAUGGGAUGUCCUGUACGUGUCACGUCUUUUGUGCCUCCUGUGCCGUCGUCUGCUGUCGUCAGGCGAUUCGGUUUCUUUCUCUGUGGCUUAGAACCAAACCAAAAUGCUUGGUAAUUGUACAAUCAGUCAUCUUUUUACAGGAUGGACUUUGAUUUUCCUUUUUUUUUUUUUUUUGCAAACAGGCUUAUUUCUUCUAUCAUUAGAGUAUUUCUUUCUUUUUUUUUUUUUCUUUCAUUUGAAGGAGAUGCCGUGUACAUGCCAAGUGUACUGUAUGAAAGUGAUCACUGAGCCUUGGAGAAAAUAUCUUAACAAUGCCCUUGUAAUGUGCUGUUCAGACAAUUUUAGUUUUCAGUCAAAAAAAUAAAUUACUGUUUUAUUAAGACAA